AUGAGUAAAGCACACAUUUUGGCCAUACCAUAUCCAGCACAAGGCCAUGUGAUUCCUCUUAUGGAACUUUCACAUGAAUUAGUCAAACAUGGUAUCAAAAUUACAUUUGUAAACACGGAUUUCACUCAUCAUCAAAUUAUGAAAGUUAUGGGAGAAAAAGAUAUGGGAAAUGAGAUUCAGCUGGUCUCAAUCCCAGAUGGGCUAGAAGAUGGGGAGAAUAGAAAUGAUCUUGGGAAAUUGACAGAAGCAAUAUAUAAAGUCAUGCCUGAGAAAUUGGAAAUGCUAAUAGAAGAGAUCAACAAAUCAAACAGAAAUAAAAUCACUUGUGUAGUGGCAGAUGAGAACUUUGGAUGGGCACUUGAAGUUGCAAAGAAGAUGGGCAUCCGAAGAGCUGCAUUCUGGCCAGCAUCAGCUUCAUUGUUGGUCUUGUCUUUUAACAUCCAAAAGCUGCUUGAUGAUGGAAUCAUCAAUAGUGAUGGAACACCGACAAAAGAUCAAACAAUUCAGUUGGCACCAAUGAUGCCUUAUAUGAGGACAACAGAGUUUGUUUGGACAACAUGCUUGGGUGGCUUGACCACACAAAAGAUUAUUUUUGAUUGUAUGAGUAGGAACAGUAAAGCAGUGGAAAUUGCAGACUGGAUUAUCUGCAACUCAACCCAUGAUCAUGAGCCUGCAGCAUUUGCUUUGGCUCCAGAAAUUCUACCUAUAGGUCCACUUAUAGCGAGCAAAAAUGAAACAUAUUUGGGAGGAAACUUUUGGCCAGAAGACUCAACUUGUUUAAACUGGCUUGAUCAACAACCCACCUAUUCAGUAAUAUAUGUUGCUUUUGGAAGUUUCACUGUUUUUGACUACAACCAGUUUCAAGAAUUGGCACUUGGACUUGAACUCUCCAAUAGGCCAUUUCUUUGGGUUGUAAGAUCAGAUAUCAAUAAUGGAAAAAACCAUGCCUUUCUAAAAGAAUUUGAAGAUAAAGUGUAUCCACGUGGGAAGGUGGUUCAAUGGGCACCUCAACAAAAAGUUCUCUCACAUCCUUCAGUCGCUUGUUUCUUGAGUCACUGUGGUUGGAAUUCUACUAUGGAAGGCACCACUAGUGGAGUUCCUUUUCUUUGUUGGCCUUACUUUGCUGACCAGUUUGUUAAUGAGACCUAUAUAUGUGAUAUUUGGAAGGUUGGGUUGACACUUGAUCGAAAUGCUGGGAUCAUUACUCAUCAAGAAAUAACAUGUAAGAUCAAGAAACUGCUCCAUGAUGAAAAAGUUAAAGCAAGGGCUUUGGAGUUAAAGGAAUUGGCCAUGAAUAGUGUAAAAGAAGGUGGCAGCUCACACAAAAAUUUGAAUAACUUCAUUGAUUGGAUAAAAGCAUAA